GACGCAUUCGGCCUCGAAAUCGGCUCCUCAGAAUUUACCUUAUACUCAAUAAUGAGAUACAUUUGUCCUUGAAUCAAUUACACAAAAUGGAGAGGUUUCUUAAAAUAAUAUACCGAAUAUUUAAAGACAAGUUUCAGGGUGAGAUACCCCAAAAUGCUCAACAAAGAAGUGAUUGUCAGCCUUCAACAUCCACAGAAGGUCAGAGCCCAAGAUGCAAUGAUGAAGGAAGUGGCAGCACAAGACCAUCCUCUCAUGAUCCGAGAGAGGAGGAUAGGACCGAAACGCGUAUGGAUAGUGAAUCAAGAAUUGUCCACGAACCUGAUUUCGAUCCUUAUUUAAUGCCGAGAUUCACAGAUCCAACUGAAAAAUACUACGAGAAGCCAAAAAAUGAGUAACGGUGAUGAAAAUGAGCACAGAAAAUGGACCUUCAGAUGUUGACUGAUGAAACUUCAUAUACUAUAAAUACUUAU